CAUAUCACUGUGCAACAUUAUUAGUCCCGUCUGUUCGCGUGAUUCAUACAUACCAACUUCGUCUAUAAAAGCUCAUCGCCCACACCCAUUCCAUCACCUUCAAACCCAAUAUUCUACCAUCACAAUCCUCUCUCAAAACCAAUAAAGCCACCAAUAUGGUUUCAGAGAGGAACCAAUCUAAGCACGUAUGCGUGAUCGGGGCGGGGCCAUCGGGGCUGGUGGCGGCCAGGGAGCUAAGAAAAGAGGGCCACAGUGUGGUGGUGAUAGAGCAAAACCAUGAUAUUGGAGGGCAGUGGCUGUAUGAACCCAAAGUGGAGGGUGAGGAGGCUUUAGGGAAGAGUACAUUUUUAAAGGUCCAUAGCAGCAUCUAUGACUCUCUGAGGCUGUUUUCUCCUAGAGAAAUCAUGGGGUUCAGUGAUUUUCCAUUUGUUGUAAAGAAAGGUAGGGACAUGAGGAGAUUUCCAGGGCACAGGGAGCUUCUCUUGUACCUGCAAGACUUUUGUGAAUGGUUUGGGCUCAGGGAGAUGAUAAGGUUCAAAACUAGAGUAGAGUAUGUGGGGAUGUUGGAUUCUGAUCAAGUUGGCAGAGAUUUGAAGUGGGUUGUGAAAAGCAGGGACAUGGAGUCUGAAAAGGUGGUGGAGGAGGUGUUUGACGCAGUGGUUGUGGCAACGGGCCACUACUCCAAGCCUAGGUUGCCUUCCAUUAAAGGAAUGGAUGUCUGGAAAAGGAACCAAAUGCAUAGCCACAUCUACAGGGAUCCUGAGCCAUUCCGCAAAGAGGUGGUGGUGGUUGUUGGAAAUUCAUUGAGUGGACAAGACAUCUCUAUGGAACUUGUGGAUGUGGCCAAAGAAAUCCAUUUAAGUGCCAAAUCUCUUGAAAUUUCGGAGGGUCUAGCUAAAGUCAUUUCCAAACACGACAGCUUGCACCUGCAUCUAGAGAUUGAAUCCCUUCAUGAAGAUGGACGAGUGGUAUUUGUAGAUGGGUCUUGGGUCAUGGCAGACACCAUCAUAUACUGCACCGGGUAUUCAUAUGCCUUCCCAUUUCUUGACACCAAAGGAAUAGUAGGAGUGGAUGAUGACAGAGUAGGCCCAUUGUAUGAGCACACCUUCCCUCCAUCCCUCGCACCCUCUCUAUCUUUUGUGGGCAUUCCCAGAAAGCUCAUAGGGUUCCCUUUCUUUGAAUCACAAGCAAUAUGGAUAGCUCAGCUACUGUCUGGGAAAAGAACAUUACCAUCAUUCCAUGACAUGAUGCAAUCCAUUAAAGACUUCUAUCACUCCAGAGAGAUUGCUGGCGUCCCAAAACACAAUACUCACGAUCUUGCCAAUUUUGAGUACUGUGAUAAAUAUGGAGAUAAUGUUGGGUUCCCGCACUUGGAAGAAUGGAGGAAAGAGCUAUGCAUAUCGGCCAUAGUAAAGGCCGAGGUGGACUUGGAGGGUUACAGGGAUGCUUGGGACGACGUCGAGCUGCUGCAAGUGGCUCUUCAAAGCCCUCAUUUCACUCAAUUCCCUCGAUCUACUUGAUCCAUCUCAACAUUUGACUACAUGAUUUCAUUUGCUUGGUGAGGCAUUGUUUAUUUAGCAUUAGGGAAGUACUUUUUUUUUUUUUUUGGCUUUCCAAAAUUACUUUCAAUAAAUAGCCAAAAAAAUAAAAAGUACUUCCAAAAUGAUAAUGAAAACAAAAACUAAUAAAUAAUAGCCUUAGCUUGCAAGGUUCAGACCCCUUUUUUCUUUUUUAGAUUUAAUUUUUAUGCAUUAUUGAAGAAAAGUGAGACCACUUUUUCAUGUUUGGUAUGUGUUAUAUAUGAAAAGUUGAUUUAUGAUGCA